GUCCUCCUUUUGCUCCCGGCGCCCAUCUCACGCCUGCCCUAACAAUGCACAUCCUGCAGGAAGUCCCGACCACCACAAUCCUCUGCGCGAAGUGCGCGAACACCAUCAGCGUCAAUGUCGGGACCCCCGAGCUGAUUCUACGAGCUCGUUCUGAGUACACUCCGUUCACCACCGACGAGACGUCUGCUCUCUCAUACAACUUGGAACGGGCAUACGAUGACCUGCGCCGAUGUGAACGGGAGAUUGCUUGCCUAGAAGGGACUCUGCACGCGCUACGCCAAUCGCAAAGCGCCCUGCAACUCACGACAGAGUGCAUCAAUGCCCUCCUCUCGCCUGUUCGUAAACUUCCGACGGAGCUGCUGAGGGAAAUCGCCAGCUACACAUUGCCCUCGAGGUGGUGGACCGACCGCAUCGCCAAACACCCCUGGAAUUUUACGCAGGUCUGUCGCAGCUGGAGGUCGGCGGCUAUCAGCAUUACCUGGGCAUGGGCGCAGAUCCGCUUUCCAGAUUGGCCACACACACAAAUCGCCAACAGAUGCGACAGCAUUCGAAGCGCUGUCUGGAGGUAUCUGAUGCGAGCUGCGCAAACGCACAGCCCUCUCAGAAUUCUAGGCCUCAGGGACGCGCACUUGAGGGACGGAUGGAUAGAGGUACUUCUCUCAGUUCAUUCCGAGUGCAUACACACCCUGGAGAUGACAACCAGGGACGACAAGCUUCCCUUCACUUACCACCUCCCGACGCUGCAGCGGCUCAUCGUGCACGGCGAACUCUUAGAAAAGGUGGACGCUCCUGACAUUCGCAUCGUCGACCUCUAUGGUGCCAAUCCACACAACAUCCAGCUGCCUUGGGCAAAUUUGCGUGCUUUCAAAAUGCGGAGAUAUAUCAGCACGAAGGAUCUCGAGGUCCUAUGUGCAUGCACGCAGCUAGAAGUUCUCAGCCUCUCCGACGAAAUUAUGGGCAUCCAAUACGACUCGGACCCUCUCGUAUUGCCAGCAUUGCAUACGCUGGAGAUCGGUGGCGCGGCUGCGGAAGUCUGCCCGCAUCUCGUUGCACCCAAUCUUCAGCACUUCAUCCUCAACAUGGCUUCCGAUGACAACUACACGUGGCACGUCGAGCUGCAUCGGCCCGCACUGCAGUUGCUGGAAGGCGUUCUCCCGCCCGUCACCUCCCUCACUCUGCGCAAUAUGGACACCUACGACUUCGAGAAUAUCCCCGUGCGCGAGCUGCUGGCGAUGCCGCGCGCGUUGCGGAAGGUCUCCGCUGUCGUAGAGACCGACUACCCACUGCAGUCCAGCACGCAGAUGAUGUACCGCGACCUGGUGGAGGUGUUGUGCUGGGACGAGGCCUGCCCAACGCUCCCGCAUCUCACCGAGGUCGACCUGGUUGGCGGGAUGCGAGAUAUACCUUGGUCGAGCGAGGAUGUGGCCCUCGUGAUGCGCUUGCUCGAAUCGCGCGCAUCCGGCGGGGCAACUGGCGGAUGCGCCCGGCUCGAGCGUCUGAACAUACGGACACCAUUCGCGCCGUGUCCCAUUGCGACACCAGCGGAACCAGGAGGAGCCGUGCGAAAUCUCAAUGGACAGUCCGUCGUAUCGAUAGAUAUGCAAUGUCUGGGGGAACCCGUCGAGGGUUUCGACAUAGAGGCGGCCCUACGGUAGUAGGGGCGCCUCGAAACUCGAGGACACGGAAACUGGCUGUCUAUUAAAUGGCAUUGUAUUUGUUGGAUUUGGAUAACAUUCUGUUAUACCUAUACUGUCCCAGUCAUGUAAGUACUGUGACGCGACUGGCCUUGAUACCCUACGUACUAGCGCUGCUAUCGGUCAUUG